AUGCCGCUUGCGUUUAAGAGUAUCGACGUCACCCUCGAUAACCCCCUCAAGGUACAGACACCUGGCGGUGACACCGUCUUAUACGCCGCUGUGGCGGCCGAGGACCCUAGCCUCAUCUAUCUGUACCCCGAAGCCGAAGUCACUGGCAACUUCUCCUAUCCCGAUUGCAGCAUUGUCGACGAGCACCUAGUGUGCAAUGAUGGUGGCCACUCCAUGGUCCGCACCUGCGGCAAUGCACCAGUCAUUGUCUUCUGCCUCUCCAAGGCAGUCGAAGAAGGCUGCCAUGAGGUGAAGUUUCUCUUCAAGUUUAAGACUGAUAUUUGCAUCCCCUACUGCAAUCUUGACUAG